AUGGCGACACCCGUCAUGUCUCCCCCUCCAAUCGCAACUGACGCUCUUCGAAUCAUUUCUGAGAAUUAUUUAUUGGAAAAAUUUCGCAACCGUUCUGAAUCGAAAGACUGUCAAUCCAUCGACAAGGUAGAGGAAAUCGAUAUGAUUCAAGCUUUGUUCAAAAAUUCGAGUGAUUUGUUCAAAAUGUACGGAUCUCCUGAAGAAUUUGUGGAUAAUUUGAAGAUUUAUCGAAAUUUCACGACGAGUUACAAGUAUUUCGAGACGAAACACGCGAUUCCAUUCUAUACUACUCCGAUCGUCUAUAUGAGUCUGAAAGGAGGGAUAUUUAUGGCCAAAGCAGAUUUCUAUGUGUUGUUGGAGAAUAUUGCACUGAGAAAUCUUCAUCCGAAAUCGAACUCAAAUUCCCACGAAGUCGGUGUGUAUACUUCAUUUCUUGCGCUGUUUAUCAAAAUUAAAGCGAAAGAUGUCAAUCGGAAAUUGGAAUUUGUUCGAUUUGAUAAGAAGGAAAUCGAUGAUAUCGAGAAUGAGUUUGUGAUGGGAAUGGAGCUCAGUGAUGGACCUUCGUCAACAACAGAUCUUUCAUUCCAUGGACAAAAACUUCCCGGCGGAACGAUGAAACAAUUCAACGAGAAAAUGAGGGAAUACCUCCCGGGAGUCGCCGAUGAUGAUAUACUUUUCCAACGUCUGGAAUCUGCAAAUGGUAGUUAUGAAAAGGAGGAAAGACCACUUCGAUUAGCUCAGUUGAUGUAUGAAUUGGAAACUAUGAGAAGUUGUUUGAAUGGAAUAAUCAAUAAACGUCCUCACUUGUUCCAUCGGAAAUCUAAGAAGACCCAACCAUCAUCACCGAUUGUCGUCAGAAUGUUUGAGGAUGGUGACCGUCAAUUUGUGAUGAACGGAGAGUUUUUGAAAGCAAUCGAUCUGGAUGUAAACUACUCGCCUAAAGACGUUUGUGAAGUUCUUGAUAUGAAGGACGUGUUGGAGAAAUAUAAGGAUCAUGUGGAUCGAAUUGAGUUCAUCCGCACGCCAAUUCUCCGUUCGAAACACAAGGCAGUGCCAAUACGAUUGAUAGAUAGUCUAGAAUUCUGUGUUCUCGCCGUCGAUGGUCUAUUCGAAGUUCUCAAAGAACUUAUUCUCGGAUUGAAAUUGUUCCAACACGUUGAAGAAUGGCCGAAAGCGAUUUUCAAGCAGAUUCAUACGGUUUUCGACCCAAAAGUUAACAAUCCAUAUUUCAUCAAUCUGAGUGUUCUCACUAAGCUCAAAAAAUCGAUAAAUGAAAACUGCCUGGCUCCGGCAUCUCCACCCCCAGACAUUCGCGAUGUGAACUCAUUCAGAUUCACUAUCCGAAAUCUACGGAAAGAGCUGAAAUUCCUAGGACUCGUGAAACAUUUUCCAGAAAUUUCGGAUUACGCUGAAAUUGUUUAUAAGGAAGUGAUGAAGUGUCGAAAGGAGAGUAAACUGAGAACUUGUGACAUGUUUGAUGCGGUGGAGAAGUACCAGUUACGCUGCAUUUUCGAUAGGGUUCCAGAGCUUAAAGCUUUCGUCCACAGUCAAAAAUCGUGCUCGCGAGUCAUCGGUCUCAAAUGUGACACUUGUAAUGGCGCGGUUCGUGGGUUGGGAGAAAUGGAUAAUAAUCUGAUGACAGUUUAUGAUGCCAAAAUGGAUGCGAUGUGCCAGAAAGUGAGCGAUUCACUUCCGAUUGAAAUGAGAAGGAUGCCCGAGAACAUAAUGAAAUAUCGUCACUUUGCCAUGCAUCUUUUGAAUGGACAAGUGCUCGAAAAGCUCAAGAAAUUCACUGGAAGACUUUUGGCUCGUCCCACUACAAUGGUCAAGAAUCGUGCCACUUUUCAGAGACAAGCAGUGAUGUUGUUGAAUGAGUUAAUGGACAAAAAAUCGAGCAGCGAUGAUCAAACAGUGGCGGAAAAACGACGAAUGGCUGCUGCGAGAGUAUCUUCAAUGGGUCCCCGGAUCACUCCAUCAUACGAUUUGUCAUAUGUGGCCACCACUGGAAGACGAAGAGAUCGCUGUGAUGAGAAGAAAGAAUAA